AAGCUGCCCGCUGGUUUCGGCAUUUUAACUAGCGGAUUUCGGACGGCGCAGCAAAAGCUGAGCGAGGUCGACGGAACAAAAGCUUACUUCCGAAGAAAAAUCUCUCACCUGCUUGGACCGUCAAAUUCCAGAGUUGACCAUAGUAAUUUCACCAUAAUUUCUCUCCCUGCUUUUAUUCUUCGUUUGAUUUCUCAAGCUCCAAGCAAACUCGAGGAAACAGAUUGAAGAUGGCCGAUCAGCUUGCCAAGGGAGAGGAAUUCGAGAAGAAAGCGGAGAAGAAGCUCAAUGGAUGGGGAUUGUUCGGUUCCAAGUACGAAGAUGCAGCUGACCUCUUCGAUAAGGCUGCUAACUGUUACAAGCUUUCUAAAUCAUGGGAUAAAGCUGGGUCAACAUAUACAAAGUUGGCAAGUUGCCAUCUGAAGGUGGAAAGUAAGCAUGAAGCUGCUCAAGCUUAUGUUGAUGCUGCCAAUUCCUAUAAGAAAACAUCUAUAAAGGAGGCCACUUCAUGCAUGGAGCAGGCAGUUAAUCUAUUUUGUGAUAUUGGAAGGCUCAGUAUGGCUGCAAGAUAUUUGAAGGAAAUUGCUGAACUAUAUGAGUCUGAUCAGAACAUUGAACUUGCUAUUGGUUACUUUGAGAAAGCUGCAGACUUUUUCCAAAAUGAAGAAGUAACAACAUCUGCGAACCAGUGCAAGCAGAAAGUGGCACAAUUUGCCGCUCAAUUAGAACAGUACGAAAAGGCAAUUAAAAUAUAUGUAGAGAUUGCACGGCAUUCACUCAAAAGUAACUUGCUAAAGUAUGGAGUCAAAGGGCAUCUUCUUAAUGCUGGCUUAUGUCAACUCUGCAAAGGUGAUAUUGUAGCCAUCACCAAAGCAUUGGAUGAAUAUCAGGAAUUAGAUCCAACGUUUUCUAACACACGUGAAUGUAGACUUUUAGCUGAUAUUGCAAGUGCAAUUGAUGAAGAAGAUGUUGCAAAGUUCACUGACGUCGUUAAGGAGUUCGAUAGCAUGACCCCUCUGGACCCAUGGAAGACAACUCUUCUGUUGAGAGUGAAGGAAAAGCUGAAAGCCAAAGAGCUGGAGGAGGAUGAUCUUACUUAAAUUUCUUUAUGACAAAUUGUUUUGUUGGGUUUUGGUUGUUUAUUGCUGCACUCUAUAUGAUGAGGUUUAUGUAAAUUUUCACCACAUUUAUGAUGUCUGUGAUUCUAAAACAUUACCUGGUUUGGGUUUCGAUCAGUUUGCAACUUUGCAUGCAUAUGAGUUUGUGAAUGUGUACUAUUUGUUACCCUGC